GCUCCAAGAAGCUGGAAGGAGGCCCGAGGUCCACAGGGCCUAAUCCUUAAGCAUGGAUGAAGAAACGUCUCGGGAACGGGGUAAUUGGCUGCUUAAUCUGAUCAAAGCCAUGAAUCCCUUCAGCGGAUGUCAAGAGCAGGGAAAGGCCCUCCAGAGGAAGGAGGAGGUAGGCUGUCCCGCUGAGGAAGGACGCUCAGUGGAGGGGGAGAGGUCCUCCAUGGGGGAUAGUGCGGAGGAGGGAGAGAGCUCGGCCGACGGGCAGAGCUCGGCCCAGGAUGAGCGCUCCGUCUGGGGUGAGAGCUCCGCGGGCUCAGAGAGCUCCGAGGCGGAGGAAGCGGAGGCGGAGACCCAGAGCACGGCCGCCCUGGACAAGGCCACUGAGUCCGAGACCACUGAUGAGGAAGCCGCAGAGGCGGAGACCACCGAUGAGGAAGCGGCAGAGGCGGAGACCACCGAUGAGGAAGCCGCAGAGGCGGAGACCACCGAUGAGGAAGCCGCAGAGGCGGAGACCACCGAUGAGGAAGCCGCAGAGGCGGAGACCACCGAUGAGGAAGCCGCAGAGGCGGAGAACACUGAUGAGGAAGCCGGAGAUGGAGACGAUUUAGCAGAGUCUGAGCGCCAGGAAGCGGAGCACCGGCAACGUAUCAUCAACCAGGUGUUGUCGGUGCUUGACCAGAGUCCCAACAGAGGCCGCAGGCGUUCAGUUAUCGUGCUGUACAAGAGAGGGAUGGAGAGGAGGGCAGGGGAGAACCCUGUUCUUCAGCUUUUCGGGGCACCAGAGGAAGAACAGGUGGACGAUCCCCUCACUGAGAUGCAGGAGACAACUUGCCCUGAGGCCCGAGGCUCUGGAGCCCUGCCCUGCUGGGCUCCAGGACCCUCGGGGAAAAGACCCCAAGGAAGACCACCAGGGAGUAAGAAUAAGAGGAGGAGGCAGUAAGAACAAGCAUCAACCUGACCUGC